AUGGGCCAACAAGACCCAAACCCAUUGUCCGACCCAUGCUCGCGCCUGGAAUCCCUCCCAGUGGAAAUAAUCCAGUUGAUAUUCCUUCACUGUCUCGAAGUGAAUCUCCCACGUGCAUCACCGCGGCUGAGCUACGCGCUUUCCAUACGAACCCCAGCUCGCGCGAGGGAUUCUUCACGCCGGACUUUUGCCGCCGCCAUUGGACUUUUGGGCGUUGUCUUGGGAGGAACGACAGAAGCUUCAGACUACGCUUCUGACUUGUCGGUGGUGUACCUUUCCGCUGCUCAGGCGUAUGUUCUUCAUACAAUUCGGAGGAAAUGUGCCGGCUUAGUUUUCCAUGAGGAUGACAUGGCUCUGUUGGAGAAUUUAGAGGCCCGAUUUGAGGAUCUGGGUGGGUGUGAUUGGGCUGUUAAUGGGCGGCGUGGGAAAGGAGACCUGGUUUUUCAUGCGCAGCUGGACAGUAAUGCGUCGUCUCGAAUCGACCGGAAAGUCGCCAUCUGGUUCCACUUUGGUGCUGUACAGAUCCGUGAGCCGCAUGAUAUCUACUAUGAGAAUGAUCUCUUUCGGCUGCCUUGUGCUCUGGCUAUCCGCCCAGGUCGUAUUCCAGAUAAAGUCUUGCGGUCCCCAUGGUCGGAUUCUCAAUUUGAAUUUCUCCAGCUCUUGUCUGCGGAUUUUUAUCUGGAUGAGGAUGAGGUUUGCCCUGAGCGCUCCUCUGAGAUUACAUAUCGUCUCAUCCGAAAACGAAUGAUCGAGCCUUUUCGUCGAUUACUGGGUAUGUCUUUCCGCGCUGCGAAUUGUCGUGUCCCUGCUCGCUGGCCGUUACAGCCUUCGCAUUACUCCCUGGUUCGACGGUAUGCAUCUGGGUCCGGGGAUCCGUUUGCCAUGACUAUUCUACAUGACCGAUGGGAUGAUGUCCCCGCCGACGCAAAGGAGGACUUGCUGCGAUACAUUGAGCCAGAGGGUACGUCGUGA